UUCAAACCCAGUUUUCUCUUGUUCUUUCUUUAUCAUUGAAAAUGGCCGAAUUUCUUUUGUCUUGUUUUAAAUUUCAAUCAUGUCCACUUUUAUUUCAAAAGUUUUCAAUUUUGUGUCAUACCUUGCGUUCAAGUUUUGGUUUUUAAAUCUUUUGAAAAGCCUCAACCCUUUUAAUUUUGUGAACCAAAGAGCAUAAACAAAGUUCUGAUUUUUGGGGUUGUAAUGGUCUGCAAAUGAGUUUUGUUGUCAUUCAAAUGUUGUAUUCAUCUGGGUUUUAAGGGUUUUUUUGUUUUCAUUUUUUGAGGUUGGAAUGGACAUGGAGGGGGUUGAAGAAGCUAACAAGGCAGCCAUUGAAAGCUGUAAUAAAGUUCUUAGUCACUUAUCUUUAUCAAAAGACCAAAUCCAGUUUAGCAACUUAAUGAUUGAAACUGAUGAAGCAGUGUUUAAGUUCAAAAAAGUUGUUUCUCUUCUUAGCAGCAAUGGAAGAAAAAGAAGAAAGUUUAAGAAAAUUACAUCAAAUUUGCCUGAAAAUAUAUUCCUUGAGACUCCCAAUUGCACAACUACUUUAUCACCGAAACUCCUUCAAGUUUACCCUCAUCCUAACCUAUUAGAUAAAAGGACUUCCAUUGAAGUUGAUUUUAGAGCUCAACACCAACUCCAGCUGACACAAAACUUGUUUGAUCAAAAGAAUCAAAACCCUUCAUUUCAAAUGAUGAAUUCAUCACUAGUUCAUCAUCAUCAUCAUCAUCAUCAUCAUCAACAUAGGGUGCAGUUUCAGCAAAUGAAAAACCAGGCAGCUGAUAUGGUGUUUUCAAAGAGUAACAGUGGGAUGAACCUUAAAUUUGAUGGAUCAUCAUCACCAACCAUGUCAUUUCUUUCAUCACUGAGCAUGGAUCAUGGUAGUGUGAAUAGUUUAGAUGGGAAUUCUUUCCAUUUAAUUGAUAUACCACGCAACUUUGGUCAACUCUCACAUCAAUCAAGAAGGUGUACAUUUAGGGGAGAAGAUGGCAAUUUCAAAUGUGGAACUUCUUCUACUAAAUGCCAUUGUUCAAAGAGGAGGAAACUGAGGAUUAAAAGGACAGUAAAAGUGCCUGCAAUUAGUAACAAAGUUGCAGAUAUUCCUCCUGAUCAAUAUUCAUGGAGGAAAUAUGGGCAAAAGCCUAUUAAGGGUUCUCCACACCCUAGGGGAUAUUAUAAGUGUAGCAGUGUGAGAGGUUGCCCAGCAAGGAAGCAUGUGGAGAGAUGCUUAGAAGACCCUUCAAUGCUGAUUGUUACAUAUGAAGGAGACCAUAAUCAUUCAGGGUUUCUCUCUACACAAUCUGCCCAUACAUGAUAAUUCCAUUACCUCUAUCAUUUUCUUCUUUCACUUCUAAAACCCCAGAAAAAAUUUCACCAAUCAGUCUGUAACUAUUUCAGUUGGCUCUUGCAACUACCUUUAGAAAGUGAAUUCUUAAUAGGUCUGGAUUUGAGAUACCUACAUAAUUUAGCCUGACCCAUAGAACUAGACUAGGGCAAAGGAAUGGGGUCUUCUAUAGGAGUUAUGAACUUUUUUAACUUUGAAAUAUGUGUUACCUGUAUUUCUUCCUUUUUUUUCUUCUUAUUUGUAAGCUUUGGAUGUAUGUAUGCUUGAGAAUCUGUAUAAUGGAAACUACAAUGUUAAAUAAAAUAAUGGAACAUGAGCAGUGCCAAAUAACUAUGCUGCUUCCAA